UAAUUCAGCUCAUUGGGGGCAGGUUUUCAGCAGCCUGUCUGGUGUUGCCACCCUGUUGGUGACCCUUUGCUUGAAUGAGUGAUGCUGUUUUUCUGCAUUAGGUGGUGACCGUGGCAGGGGCGGCCCUGGUGGCAUGAGAGGAGGCCGAGGAGGCCUCAUGGAUCGUGGUGGCCCUGGAGGAAUGUUCCGAGGUGGCCGUGGCGGAGACAGAGGUGGAUUCAGAGGUGGCCGGGGCAUGGAUCUAGGUGGCUUUGGAGGAGGUCGCCGAGGAGGACCUGGGAGCCCACCCGGACCUCUUAUGGAGCAAAUGGGAGGCAGAGGCGGCAGACGUGGAGGACCAGGAAAAAUGGACAAGGGAGAGCAUCGCCAGGAGCGCAAAGACAGGCCCUAUUAGGGGCAGCCGACCCCCUUCCCCCUGCAGGACUGCAUUUACUACCAGAUUUAUUUUUAAAACCAGAAAAUGUUUUAAAUUUAUAAUUCCAUAUUUAUAAUGUUGAUCACAACAUUAUGAUUAUUCCUUGUCUGUACCAUUUGUGGAGAAACAUUAAAACAAAGUUAAAUGGUA